AUGUAAUAGGAGAAUUUUAUUGAUGAAGAAAUUUAAGAUGAAGAGGAAGAAAUAAGAGAAUAGAAGGAAGUACAUGAAUUUGCUAAGGAAAUAAAAGAAAAAGUAGAAGAAACAAACAAACUAAAUAAAGAAUAAUAGGAUUAAUAAAAGGUGAAUGUAAAUUCAACAAUUGGUCCAAUUAGAGUAAAAUUUGAUGUGUUGAGAUGUUUUUUUGAUAGAAUGAGUAAAGUAAGAGGAAAAAAGAAAAGUGAGCUUUUAGAUGUUUUAACUUAAUUCUUUUUCAAACCUCCUAGAAUACCUGAACAUACAUAUAUAAUAAUGAGAUUAAUUAUUCCAUUCUAAGAUAGGGAUAGGGGAGUAUAUAAAUUAUAAGAAAAAAACUUGGCUAAAUUAUUUAGAUAAGCUUUAGGAUUGUCAGAUGAUGAUUAUCAAAGAAUGGCCAAUUAUAAAUAAGCAAGUAUGUAACCUUAUGGAGCACCUGUUGGUGAUUUUCCUAUGGUUGUACAUAAUGUGAUUAAGGAUUAUUGUAGAAAAGACAGUAUAAUAACAAUAUCAGAAGUGGAUUAAAUACUAGAUAAUUUAGUUAAAGCUUAAGAUACUAAAGAAUAAGAAUUAGUUAUAGUUGAUUUAAUAAAAGUAUGUACAGCUGAUGAAAUUCUAUGGAUUAUAAGAAUUAUAUUAAAGGAUUUAAAAAUAGGUUUAAAAUACGAAAAGCUUCUAUAAUUAUUUCAUAAAGAUGCUCCAGAAUAUUAUAAUGCAACAUCAUCAUUAAAAGAGGUAUGUAAAGAGUUUGUUGAUUAAAAUCAUACAUUAAAGAAUGUAUUAAGAAUAUUUCAUGCUAUUAAACCAAUGUUGGCAGCUAAGAAAUCACCAGAAGAAAUAAGAAAAUUAAUUGAAGGCAAAGAAUUAUUGGUUGAAACUAAAUUUGAUGGAGAAAGAAUAUAAUGUCAUUUUACUCCUGAAGUUAUAAGAUUUUUUACUAGAAAUUCUAAUGAUUAUACUUAUUUAUACAAGGAUAAAUUAGGAGAUAUUAUAAGAUAAAGUGUUUAAGCUUAAUGUGCAAUCUUAGAUGGAGAAAUCAUUGUUGUUAAUAAAGAAACAGGAGAAAAUGUUAGAUUUGGUUUAAAUAAAACUGUUGCUUUAAAUAAAGAUGUUAAUGAUGAUGCUUUUGGUCUUUGUUAUAAAAUUUUUGAUAUUCUAUAUCUCAAAACCUAUUAAGGAUAAGAAGUCAAUACUAUGAGUGCUCCUUUAUCUACUAGAAGAAGUUUAUUAUAGAGGAUUAUAGUACCAAUCCCAAAUUAAUUAGAAGUAGUAUAAGCUUCAACAAUUAAAUCUUUUGAAGAACUUAUUUAAGAAUUUGAUAUGGCUAUUGAAAGAAAUUAAGAAGGUAUCAUAAUUAAAUAGAUGGAUUCUUAAUAUUUACCUAAUGAAAGAUCUACUAAAUGGGUUAAAAUGAAAGGAGAUUAUGUUGAAAAUAUGACAGAUAAUUGUGAUUUAUUAGUAAUAGGUGGUUAUUUUGGAACAUAAUCACAUAGAGUAGAGACAUUUGAUGAAUUUGAUAGAAUUACACAUUUUUUAAUGGGAUUAGCUUAAAAAAUAGAUAAAAAUUAACCAACUAAUAGUGUAAUAUUACCAUUUGUUAAAGUAGGAACUGGUUUUACUGAUAAUGAAUUAUCAACAAUCAGAAAUAAAUUAAGAAAUCAUUGGAUUAAGAAAUAAAAACCUAAUUAUAUACCUUAAAAUUGGAAUCCAGGUAUUAAUGAUAGACCAGAUGUUUAUAUUAAUAAUCCUGCUCAUUCAAUUAUAUUUGAAGUUAAAGCAGCAGAAAUAACAAAAUCUAAUACUUUUCCAACUGAUUAUACACUUAGAUUUCCAAGAUGUUAUAAAACUAGAAUGGAUAAAGAUUGGUAUGAAAUGAUGACCAUGUAAGAUUUAUUAAGUAUGAUCAAUGAUUCAUAAUAUACAAAGAAUCUUAAAAAAAAGAAUGAUAAAGAAGGUAAUGAUAAAUAAACAGAUGAUGAACUUGAAAAUGAAGAUAGACCAAUUAGAUAAGCUAAAUAAAGAAAAUAACCUUUAAAAAAAGGUGGAGCUCAUUCUAAAUAGAUAACUAUUAUGACAGAAUAUUAAGGAUUAGAUCCAAGAAAUAUUACAAAAGAAUCUAAUUUAUUUGUAGGAUGUGAAUUUUAUAUUGUGAAUUUAGAAGAGGAUUAUAAUAAAUAAUAUUUAGAAUCUUUAAUUUUAUCUUAAAGUGGAACUUGUAUAUAAAAUUAUAUUGUAGAAAGUGUUACUCAUGUUGUGGCUUCAAUUAUUGACUUUAGAGUUAAUUCAAUUAUUGAGAAAUUUCCAACUACUAUAAUUAAACCUUAAUGGAUAAUAGAAUGCAUUAGAAGAUCAUAAUUAGUUAAUAUUGCACCCAGAUUUAUAUUAUUUGCUCCUUUGGCUAUUAUGAAUGAAGUUAAUAAAUUCUAUGAUAAAUAUGGAGAUUCUUAUUUUGAAUUUAUUGAUGAAUUAGCUCUCAAAGAUAUAUGUGAAAAUAUUAAAAUUAAUGAACCAGUUAAUUAAGAUGAUUUAUUAUAAUUAGAAGAAGAAUUACUAUACUAAUUACCAAAAUUAUGGAUAUUUUAGCAUAAGACUUUUUAUCCUUAUUGUUUAAGUCAUUAAAUUUCUGAAGUAGAAUUGGAAACUUUUAAAUCUAGAGUAGUUGCAAGGGGAGGUUAAUUUUUAAAUAGCAUUUACGAUGAGAAAUUAGAUUUCAUUAUUUUAUUUAAAGAUUAGACUUUCAUUCAGAAUGAAAGACUGAAAUAAUUUUUCAAUGAAAAACCAUAUAUGAAAACAACUACAUAUACUUAAAUGAUGCAAUUAAUUGAAGAAUAACAGUAAAAAAUAUUACCAUCUUGA